CUUAAAAGCCUCGAGAAAUCGUGUUGAAUGCCUACCUAGUAUCUUAUUCCAUAUAUAGUAGAAAAUAUGGCAAGCCGGACCCCUAACCCACUCGGCGCGCCUGUCGGCGGUAAGCCGGCUCAACGUCCGUCCCGGGAGACGAGGUUGGUUGGUCGACACGUUACACUAGUCGGUUUGACGAGUGCGCAACAUGCAGACGAGCUCUACCCGCAUGUAUCAGGGCCGAAGAAUGCGCAUCUCUGGGAUUACUUGCUCGAAGAGCCGUUCGAUGACAUUGCCGUAUUCCGAGCUAGUAUUGAAGCCAAAGAGGCCAGUCGAGAUCCCGUAUUUUACGCCAUCUUAUUGAAUGAUGGGGAAAAGGACGAGGUCGCCGGCAUGGCUAGUUACAUGCGAAUCGAACCCGGCCACCGCUGUAUCGAAGUCGGCAGCUUAUUAUUCUUGCCGAAAUUACAGCGCACGCCGGCUGCCACCGAAGCCAUGUAUCUGAUGGCACGACAUGUAUUCGAAGACCUGGGCUACCGAAGAUACGAGUGGAAGUGUAAUGCGCUUAACGCCCCGAGCCGGAGAGCAGCUUUGCGUCUUGGGUUCACGUUUGAAGGUCUCUUUAGAAAACACAUGAUUAUCAAGGGACGUAGUAGAGAUACCACCUGGUUUUCAAUGAUUGAUGAUGAUUGGCCCGGUAUCAAGCAAGCUUUGGAAGCUUGGUUAGACCCUUCGAACUUCGAUGACGAGGGCAAGCAGAAGAGGAGGCUAGAAGAGUUCAGGCAAUGAUAAACAGAGAUGAAAAAUAAGGCGGUAGACCUGGAUUAUAGAAAGAGUAAAUGAAACUUAUAAGAAGUCCAGAAGUCACGACAGAUUGGGUUUUUGCAAAGUUGCUUAAAGGUAGGUACGUAUUAAAAUGGCUUGUUUGUGGCAGAUCAUUCAAUGUGGCGCACAGAAUCAGCUGAUCACAGCUGGUGUGAAAGCCAUCUGCAAAG